GAUCUGAAAGAGGCAGCGGCACAUGAUGGAAGAGGUGAUCGCUGGCAAGCUCCUCGGCCUUGCUGCCGUUGCGGCCAACUCGGCGGCGGCGGACCUGGCCGCGACAGGCGUCGAGUCAGAGGAGGAGGAGGAGAACACAUGUAGCUGGUCACGCGAUGGUGGUGGCGACACCGCUUCGUACGAGGAGGGGGGCAGCGAGGACGAGGAGGAGGACGAAAGGGCCGGGAAGCGGAAGAUGACACCAGAUGACAGAAAAGCUGUUGCAGCCGACAGAAAGGCUCGCAACCGCGAGCGGAAUCGCCUCCACGCGCGCAAGACGCGCCAGCGGAAGAAGCAACAUGUGCAGGAGCUGCAGCUUAAGAUCUGGGGGCUUCGCCAGGAACGCCAGCGCCUCCUUCAGCUUUCCACCGACCACCAUACCGCGGGGGUGCUCCUCGCCCUCAGCUGCUCCCCCCAGCAAUGCCAGGAAGGGCCGGCUGGAAAUCAACACCAAUCAUCUCGCUCGUCCCCGGCGUUGAAACUCCCCAAGGCGGCCGCGACUCCCGCGGCAAGUAGGAGCAGCAAGGGCAGCAGCAGGGAUUGGGGCCAGGAGGUCGCAUCGCACGAAGACGCCCUGCGCAAGAUUACACAAGAGUUUGAGAGGAUGGACGGGAGCCAGCAGGCCGGGGACGACGAGGAGGCUGCAACGCACGCCGGAGGCAAGGGCGGCGGCGGCUCGCGCGCCGCGAAGGGGACGCUGUCCGACAGGACCGCGCUGCGGAGGGAGCGGAACCGCAUGCACGCCAAGCGCACGCGUAACCGCAAGAAACUGUUCGUGGAGGCCUGCAGCGUCAUGAUCGACAAGAUGGUGAGUUAA